UUGCCACGAGUUACUGAACAACUACUAAACGAACUCUGCUCGAGGCACGUUCUGCUCUCUCGGAAGCCGAGAAACUUAUCCUCAAGCAAUAUUGGUUCCCCUCAGUGCGUAGUAGACUCUAUCCUCUGGGCAGACAAUGCCUCGCAUAACAGAAGACCUUGUUCGUCGCCGCGCCGAGCACAACGAGGGCGACAUCGCAUCGCUGGAAGAGCUCUCGCUCCACCAGCAGGAGAUAGAGAAGAUCGAGCACUUGGACAGGUGGUGUCGGAACCUCAAGAUUCUUUACCUCCAGAACAACCUCAUCCCGAAAAUUGAGAAUGUUGGUCGACUAAAACAGCUGGAGUACCUAAACCUAGCUCUCAACAACGUGGAGAAGAUUGAAAAUCUCGAAGGUUGUGAGUUUAUGAACAAACUCGACCUGACUGUGAACUUUGUAGGUGACCUACUCAGUGUGGAGACUCUGCAGGCAAACCACCACUUCAGAGAACUCUACCUGACAGGGAACCCGUGUACUGACUAUGAGGGAUACAGACAGUUUGUGGUGGCCACUCUACCAAGACUCCAGUGGCUGGACGGGAAGGAGGUUUCAAAAUCUGAGAAGAUUCUGGCCAAGCAGCACUACCAAGAGCUGAGGGAGAGGAUAGUACACCAGCAGAAGGCCUACCAGGCAAAGAGGGAGAGAGAGAAGAGGGAGCAUAGAGAGAAGCAGGAGGCGGGGAGCCAGGGAGAGAAGGAGAGAGAGAAAGAAAGUCUGAGCCAGGAUUCGAUGGUCGCUGGUACACGGACACCGACUCACACACACGGCAGCACAGAGACAGUGGGCAGAGUAAGGAGAUAGAGAGUGGUCAGUCGGCUCAAGAAGAGGAUGAUGAGUUCUGGAAUGAGCCGACGGCCUACACGCCUGAGUCUCGGACCGAGGUCCACCAGUACAUGGCGGAGAAGAGGAAGGAGACGGCGAAAUCACCAGAAGGUCUGCAGCCCCACAAGAGACAGUGAGACUAGAGAGGGACGGGAAGAUGCUCAACGUCAACGAAGCAAGGUAUAUGGAUACAAGUCUUGUGGACUGCGAUGUCCAGCCAAAGUACGUUAGACUCAAGAUCAAAGGCAAGGUUCUUCAGCUGGUGUUGGAUGAGGAGGUGUCUUCAGACAGAAGCUGUGCACAGAGAUCACAGACCUCCGGACAUCUCAUGCUCACUCUCCCAAAGGCAAGAGAAAUUGUGAAGGCAGCAAGGCCCCGGCAUCCACCGAGGAAGAAGCCAGAGGCUCACUCCCCUCACCUCCCUCCCCAGCACUGCUCCACGCAGAGCUGUAGCAGCAGGCGCUCAGCCUCUGUCCCUCCACAGCAGAGCCAGUCAACUCCGUCUCGUUCUACUGACACCGUCGAUAUCAGCAACAUUGUCAAGCAAGAGGAGGAGGGAGAGGAGGAGGAGAAGGCAAGGUCACGGAAAACCAGGGGAGGUUUAGAACAUGCACAGACCAAUCUACCACUGAUAGAAGAACUGGACACAACUGAGAGUAGAGAGGGAGUGAGUGACAAUCUAAUAUUAGACGAUUCUGAUGUACCUCCUCUCAUUUAGCUGUAUUGUAGACCUCCCAUCCAUUAAUUUUCCUUUUUUCAUUAAAACCACACAAUCGUGCGUUCAAGAGGCGCUCGCUUGCAGCAACAUUCUUCACGACUUUAUGAGCUACGAAACAAUG